UGUACAUAAUAUACACAAAAAAUUGUAAUUCUGUUUCUUUAACGUUUUGCAGAUAAAACGUUUUAGUAACUGUUAUAUUGUUAUUUUGUAUAUAAUAUGGCAGAGUGUAGUGAAUAUAUAAGAAGUAAUUUUCCUACAAUAGAUGAUGAUUUGUAUCACUAUGUUGAAGGCAUUCUUGACAGUUCCAAAGACGACUUUGAGGAUGGAGAUGAAGUUUAUGAAGCUAUCGGUCAAGUUUUACAUGAAGUAACUGAAAAAUCAGAAAACGAGGUUAGGCAAAUAUGUUGCAAGCUGUUGGAAAUAUUGAAAGGUGAAAACCUGAAAAACGGUGGUGACAAUUUGAGGGAGAAGCAAAAAAAUGGAGUAAAUAAAGUGUUGAAUGCACCAGUUCAUUUGGGUGCAAUGGCCGCGACUCUGGAAGCACAAGUCGAACAGAUUAAAAGUAUAUGGGUGACAACUAGAGAUGAUACUAUGAAAGUCGAUGCUAAAAAGUUGGAGAAAGCUGAAGCGAAACUUCAACAAAAAUUAGAUAAGCGAACAGGUAAUGAGUCGAGUAAUAACGCUAAAAUCAACAAUGCGGCUCCUUCAAUAGAAUUGGCUACUGCGAGUCAGAUGAUGAGUAAAAAAGAUAGUCGUAUGGACAGCAAAGGAACGUCCAACCGCGCCCAAGAUAUCAGGAUUGAAAACUUUGAUGUAGCCUAUGGUGAUCGUGUUUUGCUUCAAGGAGCUGAUUUGACGUUAGCUUAUGGUAGACGUUAUGGCUUGAUUGGGAGAAAUGGUUUGGGAAAAACUACACUUCUUCGUAUGAUAUCUAAUAAACAAUUGAGAAUACCAGCACAUGUACGAGUAUUACACGUGGAACAGGAAGUAGCUGGCAAUGAAACCUCAGCGUUAAAUUCAGUUUUAGAGUGUGAUAUUGAAAGGAGUAAUUUGUUGAGUCGCGAAGCAGAACUUCAAGCACUUAUUGAAAAAGAGGGAGGUAAGAAUGACGCGAUUGAUGAAGAAUUAGCCAAGGUUUAUGAAGCGAUGCAGCAUGCAGAAGUAGAUAAAGCGCCGGCAAAAGCCAGUGCAAUAUUAUCGGGUCUUGGAUUUUCUGUUGAACGACAGUCUUGGCCGACAAAAUCAUUUUCUGGGGGUUGGAGAAUGCGUCUCGCACUUGCAAGAGCACUUUUUGCGAGACCAGAUCUGUUAUUACUCGAUGAACCUACUAACAUGUUGGAUAUCAAAGCAAUCGUUUGGUUGGAAAAGUAUCUUCAAUCAUGGCCUACUACGUUACUAGUUGUUUCUCACGAUCGUAACUUCUUAGACACUGUUCCAACGGAUAUUUUGUACCUGAAAGCACAAAAGAUUGAAGCAUACCGUGGUAAUUACGAUCAAUUUGAAAAGACGAAAGGUGAACGUGAGAGGAAUUUACAACGAGAGUAUGAAGCCCAGCAAGCUAAAAGAGCACACGUACAAGAGUUCAUUGAUCGGUUUCGCUAUAAUGCCAAUCGGGCUUCUAGUGUGCAAAGUAAAAUAAAAAUGUUGGAAAAACUUCCAGAGUUGAAGGCUGUUGAGAAAGAACCUGAAGUGACACUUCGUUUCCCAGACGUAGAGCCACUUAGUUCGCCAAUAAUUCAACUCAACGAGGUCAUGUUUCGUUAUGAAGGCUCACCAACUAACGAGUACGUUCUUAACAACAUCAAUCUUACUGCCUCUCAACAGUCACGUAUCUGUAUUGUUGGUGAAAACGGAGCCGGUAAAACUACGUUACUAAAAAUUAUUACUGGAGCUCUAAGUCCAACUCGUGGUACCUUGCAUCUUAAUCGUAACCUCAAGUUCGGAUACUUCAGUCAGCAUCACGUAGAUCAAUUAGAUUUGACAGUUUGUCCUGUUGAACUUUUACAAAAUCAUUUUCCAGGAAAACCCAUCGAAGAAUAUAGAAGAAUGCUUGGUAGUUUUGGUGUUAGCGGUGACUUAGCUUUACAAACAAUAAACUCAUUAUCUGGUGGCCAAAAAUCCCGAGUUGCAUUUGCAUUGAUGUGCGCAGCGUUUCCAAACUUUUUAGUACUAGAUGAGCCGACUAAUCAUCUUGAUAUUGAAUCAAUCGAGGCUCUCGGCAAAGCUCUUAACACAUGCAAGGCCGGUGUUAUUUUGGUAUCUCACGACGAAAGAUUAAUACGAAUGGUAUGUACCGAGUUGUGGGUAUGUGACAAAGGUACUGUACGUUGCAUUGAAGGUGGAUUCGACGAGUAUCGGAAAAUUGUCGAGAAAGAGCUCGAGGUGUAGGCAAUUUAAAUUAUAUUUCUUACUUAUCAAUUUCAAUAUAAUUAUCAUUAAUAUUACGGUGCGUUAAUCAACUCUUGUAUUAUUUAUAUAUAAAUAUUGUAAUCGUCAUUAUUAGACGAUUAUUACGAA